CGCUCGACACUUCCGGGUCAACUCAAAUCCGAGCAGUGUCGUUGUUAUUAUUUAAUUUGCUCACAGUAGACUUAUGACUAAAGAAGAUUAAAGAUAAGACAAGACGCGAGAAUCUAAUCCUGACAAAAUGGCGACCACUAUCAGCACUCAGCGGGGACAGGUGUAUAUUGGGGAGCUUCCCCAGGACUUCUUGAGGAUCACUCCCACCCAGCAGCAGCAGCAAGUCCAGCUGGAUGCCCAGGCAGCCAGGCAGCUGCAGUAUGGAGGCUCAAUAGGCACCAUAGGACGACUCAGCAUUACUGUGGUCCAGGCAAAGCUGGCUAAAAACUACGGUAUGACCCGGAUGGAUCCAUACUGUCGGAUCCGACUGGGCUACGCGGUCUACGAGACUCCAACCGCUCACAAUGGAGCCAAGAACCCACGCUGGAACAAGGUGAUCCAGUGCACGGUGCCUCCGGGGGUAGACUCCUUCUAUCUGGAGAUCUUUGAUGAGAGAGCGUUCUCCAUGGACGACAGGAUAGCAUGGACUCAUGUCACCAUCCCUGAAGGCCUGAGGGAAGGCAGCGUGGUGGACGAGUGGUUCAGCCUCAGCGGCAGGCAGGGCGAUGACAAGGAGGGCAUGAUCAACCUAGUGAUGUCUUUUGCUUCGUUACCAGCGGGGAUGAUGACCCAGCCUGUUGUCCUGAUGCCCUCUGUGUAUCAGCAAGGAGUAGGAUAUGUGCCCAUUGCAGGAGUGCCUACAGUCUACAACCAGGGCAUGGUGCCUAUGGCGAUGCCAGCAACCAUGCCGGCUGUCGGGGGCCAGGGGCCAGUGUGCAGUGAGGAGGACCUGAAGGCUCUGCAGGACAUGUUCCCCAACCUGGACAAGGAGGUGGUUCGCACAGUGUUGGACGCACAGCAGGGCAACAAGGAUGCCGCCAUCAACUCUCUGCUGCAGAUGGCUGAGGAGCUCUAACCACAGAGCACAAGCUCACAGUGGACAUCCCAACACACACACACACACACACACACACACACACACACACACACACACACAUGCAUGCAGCCUUCCCACACACACCCCUACACACAGAGUCCUCCCUACAGUGUGGCUGUUAGCUCACUCACACAUUGCAGCCAUAUCUGAGCUCCUACCAGCUCCACCUGCUGGUCUGUUUCCCCUCCCCUUUACCGUACACAAGGCCUGGGCUUUCUCUGCUAACACACAACUGUGUCAUCGCAACUAUUUUGUUCACCUCUGGUUGUAAGAAGCCACUGGUUUGAGAUGAUAUCAAUCCUUUAAGUCAUGACAGGAUCAUUAAGGCGUGUAUCACAGCAGAUGUGAUGGGUAUUAUAAAUCCUACCAGCCCAAAUAAUUUUGGUGAUUCUUUCAGUGUCACAAUCUCUCGCUGCAUCCACAGUAACCCAGUCUGUUCUCUCCCCUCUGAUCACAGGAUUUGAUUUGCACAGUUUGAGCUGCAGAGAGUUCAUGUCUAUCACGUCCAUCUUCUGUUGUUCUGAUGUUGUUGUUACUAGUGUGUGGAGAACUGCUUCUGUUUCAUAUAUAUAACUCUAAAAAUGUUUAAUGCAUUCAAAAUCUGAUAAAUUAUUAUGGAAGUAUUUAAUUAUACAGAAUUCUACAUGGUGAAAAGAGAAUGAACAAAUUAAUGCCACAUCACUACACUGAGUCAAUUUUCAAAGUGGUAAAAUCCCUAUUUGCCUGUUUUCUGUCAGUGAAGUAAGGAUGUUAUAAAGUAAUAUCCUGUGGAGUCACUUUUCUUUAAGUAAGUGUAAAGAUGCAGGGUAAUGAGUAGGGUUGCACAUUUCUAAGUUGGAAACUUUCCAUGGGAAUUAACAGGAAUAAACAGGAAGUUGCAGGUUAGCCUGUAACAGACAACCUAAAUAUAAUUGGGAAAAAAAAUCUUGCAACAUAAUCUUCGUUAAAAACAACCAGAUUUAAUGCAAAUUCAGUUGAAUUUCUACCCUAGACUGUGUAUUCCUGUAGGCAUAGUGAAUAUUCAUAUUUUAUUCAACAUGUCAUGUUUUUUCUUCAGUGAAAAAAUCAAUUUAACUUCUAUUCACAAAUAACUAAUAAGUCAAAAUUAAAAAUCUUAAUGUAAAAAUUGUGAUGUACAAAAUAAAAUACUUAUAUUUAUGUUUGCACGAUACAGUAUGUACAAUUUACCCAAAAAAUUCUAGUUAAUUCCUGUUAAUUCCCAUGAAAAGUUCCCAGAAAUUUUCCACCACCUUGUGACCCGAGUGAUGACAUGAGAAGAUGACCUGUGUGACCUGUGUGUUCUGAAGCUGAGCAUGAUGUCGUAUGUUGACCAAAACAUGUCCAUCCAGGUCGUCUACACAGUGAUCCAGAUAGAAAUUCAGUUUAAUGAGCUGCAUAUCCACAGCUGUUUUCAGAAAUAUUUCCCCCCUGAGCAGUGAUGCCUGAGAUGACAGUGACCAGACUUCCAUGAAGUGUGCCAUGAAUGUUCAUGGUCCCCAGAGGAUGACCCCUUUAUUUUUACUUUAGUGCCACCAUCAUGUUAAUACUUGGACAUGGGGAGCUCACUCGCGCUUCAUAGUAUCACCACAGGCAGAACUUUAAAUGUUUUUCAGCUGCAGUAUUUCUCUGUGUUGUAGCUCCUAAAGCUUUCUAUUGACACUUGUAGGUUUCAAGGUCUUGUUAAUGUGCUGUCUGCCAAAGGUUUCACUUUAAGAUUUGUUAUCUCCUUGUGACUUUUCACUUGUGGUUUCACAACUUUCACAACUGUUUAGAUUCUUUAAAAUGUCACAGUUA